AUGAAUCGUAAAACAAGUGAUAUUUGGUCUCAUUUUACAAUAAUUGACAAUACUACAUUUGCAAAAUUGUCAGACAAUGCGAAUAAUAUAAAAAGAGCUCUAUCCAUACUUAAGUUAAAACAUUUUGGAUGCUUUGCACACACUUUGAAUCUGGUAGUUCAAGGUGCUUUAAUAUUAGAAUCUGGUCUUCUAGAAAAAAUUAAAACAAUUGUGUCAUUUUUCCAUAGAAGUACAUCAGCAAAUAAUAAAUUAAAUACUUACCAAAUAAAUAAUGGAGCAAAAGAACCAAAGAAACUAUUUCAGGAUGUCAAUAAUUCUCCUAAAGGACUAACAGUAGAUGAAUGGAAAAUUACAAAAGAGCUUUGCCUAGUGUUACGUCCUUUCGAAGAAGCAACCAGAGCUGUUAGUGGGGAUAAAUAUAUGACUGCAUCUAUUGUUAUAGUACUAUCACAAGGACUUAAAAAUGUAUGUGAUGAACUACUUAACCAAAACUAUGAUCCUAGAGUAAACAAUGUUCUAAAAAAAUUACUGUCUGGUAUGCAAGAUAAAGAUCGCUGGGGUAACAUUGAAAACAGUAAAACUCUGGUUUGCUGUACAUUUCUUGACCCACAAUUCAAAAAUGUCCCAUUUACAGAGAGUCAUCAACAACAAACAAAAAGCGAUAUUAUAGAACUGAUUACAUCUAUAAUAUCUAAUACAUCAGAUAACGAGGAGCAACCAAUAAGGAUAUCUACAUUACCAAAUGAUAGUAAUACAUUUUCUAUAUGGAGUUCAAUUAAUUCAAAAGUUGCCCAAGUUCAACCUGUAGGGACUAACACAUCAAAGGCUAUCAUUGAAGUCCAAAGAUAUUUAGAAGAUGGACUACAGCCUCGAAAUACUGAUGCAUUAAAAUGGUGGAAGGAUAAUAAAUAUAACUAUCCAUUUAUGAGUCAGCUUGCCAAGAAAAAACUUUGCUGUCUUGGAACAUCAGUGCCCUGUGAACGCGUUUUCUCAAAGGCGGGAUAUUGA